UGAAAUUGUGUAAAAUCGAAAGUGGAAGUAACUGUUUCCAACAUUAGAGAUUAUUAAAUUAUUGCUAGUUAAAGAGAAAAUCUCAGGAAACAAAUAUUGGGGUUUACAAAGUCUUAAAAUAUCAUGAUUGUAUUGUUAUUUUACCAUGACCAUACUGGACCAUAGCCUAUAGCCUAUAUAGCUAAAACAUAAGUCAUAAGUUGGUAAGCCCAUAGCCAUAAGUUUUAUUUCUAAUUUAAAUUCAUCUGUUGCUUAUUUAAUUAUUAAGUUAAUUUAAAUUUAAGUGUAAGAAUAAGACUAAGACAGUAUUAUUAAGUCAAUCAGUCAAGUAUUGUCUGCUGAAACAGAAGAAGACGUUUAGCCGAAACGUACGCUUAACUUUAAUUAAAUAAUUUAAAUGCAUCUUUUAAUCAUUGUCUUGUAUUUUUAUUUUCAAGCCUUAACAUUACAUACCUUGUUCAACUUUUUAUUUACUUUACACUUUACAUGGCUCACUCAUAUUCAUAUAUUAUUCAGAAUUAAUUUCAUUCUUCUUUUGACCUUAAUAUAAUAAUAAUAAUAAUAUUAUAUAUAGAUUUUUGGCCAAGGCCUAAAAAAAUAAUUACAUAUUAAAUAGGCAUAUAUCAUUAUUUAUUAUAAUUGGGAAUGUCUUCCUAAACAUUGUUUAUGCUAAGAAAUAAAUAGGCCUACAUAUUUAAAAUUUAAUUUAUCAUAUUAUAUCUGGAGGGGGAGGAGAAUCUCUGGAGAGAUCCAUCAUUUUUUUCCCCAGGACUUGAACCCUGUAUGCUGUCUUUACUAUUAAAAAGAUAUAUAACUUAACUAUAGUCAGUAAUACUACUGAAAUAGGCCAGUGAUUUUCUUUGACAGGCAUGUCUUGACUCAUAAUCUAAUGAUCAUCAUCAUUGUGGCUUGCCAGGCAACCACUGAACUCUUGAUUUUCAUUAAUUGAUUGAAAUUUCAUUGAGAUGCAGAAAAAUUUAACCGUCAAAGACAAAUUUAAUAAUUAUCAGUAAUAUCACAACCUCUUUAUCUUCACUGACGCUUAAGCUGAACGACUCGUGUUAAACUUUAAGUCAUUAAACAUAAUAAUUAUUAUUAAAUUAUUUAUUACACAGGUCAUCUGUCAACGUGUGAAACAACACACUACCAACCAUAUUAAACCUUAACCAUAGCUUAUUCUCAUUUACUCUAGGUUGUUGUGAUGAGAGGGUGCAACUUAAAGGUGUGCAGAGUUCUAGACCUUUAUUACAAUUAUGUCAAAUGAGCAUCCUUAUAGUGAUGAUGAUAUUGUGACUCCAAUUACUGAGUGGCCUAUAACGAUAACAAUUGAACCAAAUGAGGAUACAAAUGAAAACAGAAAAAAAUAUUGUAAAAGUAAACCACAAAGAGGUUUGAUUUACUCGAGACAUUUAUCAGAAAAUAUAAAGAAACAGAAAUGUAUUGAUGAAGUGCGGAAUCCUGACAUGUAUGAUUCACAAGUAUCAGAAUCGUUAGUUUCAGUUCGAGUUGCUAAGUGGUUAAGGAAAAAUAAAUCUGUUCAUGUAACUAAUCAGGCCCCAAGUGCACCGAAAAGCCCUAAUACAGUAUUGUACAAUGUUUCAAGGUAAACUAUAAUUUUAAUCCAAAACAUUUUGUUUCUAAAAAAAGUGUCUUGUAUUUCUUUCUUUUUAUUUUUUUUUUCUAAAAUUAAUCUGUAACACUGGACCUUCUUUUCAUAUGGAUCACUGAACUCUUAGCACUCUUUUCACAUUGAUAGGUGGCUUUGAGGUGUUUGAUGACUGAUUUUUCUGGCAAAUUUGAGAAGUCUUAUUCUAUGAUGAUAAAGAAAAUGUUUAUACCAUUAUACCAUGUUAAUUAAUGAUAUAAAUAUCCAUGCAUUUUGUCUUUAAAAUAUAUGACUUUUACAAUUUUUACUUCAGAACAAAAGAAUGUAUUGAAUUUCUUAAGAAAGAAAGAUUUCAGCUACAAAGUAAAGCUGGUGAUUCUAAAUCCAUGCACAUAGGAGACAUCCAUGCAGCCCUUGCAAGUGUAGAGGACUGGUUGGGAAAUUACAAUGAAGCCUUUGAGCAAAUAAAGUUGGCUGUGACCAUGAGCCCAAACAGUAAAGCCUUAAUUAAUUUUAAAGUCACUGUUUUUUAUAUUUUAAUUUUUUGAUAUUUAAAAACUGGAUGAGAACUCAUCUUUUUUGUUUUAUACAGAAAAAAUGUAAAAUGUUCCCUUUUUAUAUUAAAUUAUUUUUAGUCAUAAUAAAAUCUCUUCAAUGUAAAGUUUUCCAGUUAUGUUUCUGGUUAAAUAAUGAUUUAAGUUUAAGAGAAAAUUAAGAGAAAAGAUAUUACUCCAGAUAUCUUCUAUUCAUGACUUAUGUAUCUAGAUUCAGAAUACAGAUGGCUCAAAGAGAAGCUAAAAAGACAGUGCAAGGUUUUUAUGCAACAAUGUGAGAUGAUGAACAAGGUAAAAGAUAAUCCACUUGUUUUUCCAAGUGUCUCAGAGGUAAUUCUUAAACGUAACAAGCAAAUUUUUCUUGCCAAUGUUAGCCAUUUCUCCAGCAUAGCUCAUUCAACUUUAUGAAACAAAUUUAAAUUAUUCAUGGAAGUACAUAUAAUCUCUGUAUUACCCUUUUAAUAUCUUUCUUUUGAAGAAACUGAUCGGUGAUUACAUUAAAUGUUAUAUUUCUUUUAUGUUUCAGGUGGAGAGAGUAUCUACUAAAAAUCUUACUGUUGAAGAAUUUAUAGAAAAUUAUGUUGAUAAGAAAAGACCAGUUAUACUUUUAGAUGUUGUUUCAUCUAUGACCAAGAAACCUUGGGAUUUUGAAUAUAUUAAGACAAAAACUGGUAAAUCUUUUUGCUAUGAUGUAGUUAAUGAUUAUAUGCUAUCGGCAUUAUACAGUGUUCUCAUUGGCAUUAAAAAUUAAAUUCUGUCAAGGCAAAUUGAUUUCUUUGAUGCUCCAAAUUUAAGUAUAAAUCAGUCAGAACAAAAUUGCUUUUCUAUAUAUGAGUCAGAAAGAAAGUCCAAAUAAGUCGAAAGGGAAAAAGUCAAGUUAAAUUUUGGUAAAAUUAAUUUGUUAAUUUCUUUCUUGUAAAUUUGUAUUAAAAACAAUGUUUAAAUUUGCACAUUUUCAUUCUAUUAUUUUCCCAUCAUAUUUGACGAUCUAUUGCCAACUAUUAGUAUAAUAAAAGUCACCAAUUUUAAGUAAAAUUGUUUUAUCUUUUUGCUUAGGGUCCCUAAAAGUUUUUCUGAAGAGUGCUGUGCCCUAUUCUGUUGAAUGGGCUAAACUAGAAGAAAGUCGUUCUGUUUUGGUAAGAGAUUUUAUCGACUCGGUACAGAACAGUGAAACAGAUGAGUAUCUUUUUGACCUGAGUCUACCUAUACACUGCCCACAUCUAGCAGAAGAACUUAUUAUACCAGAAUAUUUUGAAGGUGAAUAUUUUACAUUACAUCAAUAGUUUUCAACAUUUUCUAUCUUAUGUCAUUUAAAAACUUAUUACUAAAAUUUGGCAAUGACAGCAAACGUAUCAAAUGAAAUAUUGGCUGUUUUUUUAUGGAGGAGCAUCCCCAUUAUCAAUGACAAAUUGACAUUAGGAGUGAUAAUUUGAUUUUGUUUAUAAAUUUUAAUUAGAUCAGGGGAUUAUAUUAAAGUUAAAGGGUCAAUCUUAUUUGCGAGGGGAAAUUACAAAAUUCCUGUUAAUCUUUUUAAAACACAAGUGUGUGACAACACACUGGUAACAAAACUUUUCAUGAAGUGAUUGAGAUUUUAAUAAAAAAAUUAGUCAUAAAACAUGAUACUGCCCAGUAUGUUAGCAAUUUAAAAAAAAAUCAUUUAUCAAAGAGAAAAUGAUGCAAAUAAAGUAGUACUCAAAUAUAACUGGAAUUUAAAUUGCUACCAGUAAUGUCAGUUUCACAUUUUUACAUCAUGCCUGUACUAAUUGUUUUCCCCCAGACAAUUUCUUGCUUCAAACGCAUCCUGGUUCAUUGUACCGUGACAGCUGGCCUAGCUUGUUUAUUGCUCCCAAAGGUGUCACUAGCCAACUCCAUGUUGAUGCUUUUGCCUCUAACUUUUGGAUGGCAUUGUUCCAGGGCCAGAAAAGGUGAUUUGAAAGUUUGUGAAAAGUCCUUCUCAGAUCAGCCUUUACAAUAUUUAAAUUUAGUAAAAAAAAAAAUUUUACCUUCUUAUAAAACUGAGUUUUAAAAGAGAAAGAGAUUCUACGAUUAUCCACAAAGAGAGUGGUCAGUAGACAAGAUUCAACAGUAUUGAACUGUUAAGCUCAGUGUUGUAAUUCAAGGAAAAUAAAAUUGUCUUUGCAAAAUGUUUUUUUAAGCAUGAAGUACAGCAUUUUAUUAUUUAUUUUUUAAAUUCAAUCAAAACAAUUUCACUACAACACUAUAGUGCUUCAUUAACCGUAUGUCAUUAGGGUUUCUCACACCAGGUCUAAGAAAAUGUCAAGCUGAGUUAAAUCAGAAUAACAUGAUAAAUUUGGUAAUAAUCUGUACCAGGUGAGAAAUUUCAAUAAAAUUCCUUAAUAUUCUUUACAGUAACUGUACCAUAAUUGUCAAAUUUUUUUAGGUGGACUUUUUUUGACGGUGAUGACCUCCCCUUACUUUACCCUCAAUAUUUUCACUCUAUGGAUCCCGUUUUUAGUGUUGACUUAGACAAGGCUGACAUGGAGAAAUUUCCUCUGUUAGCACUGACAAAACCAAGACAGUGUAUUUUAAAUCCAGGUAAACAUAUCCAAAAAAACUCUACUGCAAUAAGACGUUGAAUUAAACUAGUUUAAGCGAUAAUAACGUUUGUGUGAAGACAGUCAACUCUCAAUAACUUCUACCAAAGGGCGAAGGGGUCUGUCAAAGUUAAGAAAAGUCAGUCUAAAUGAUGGAGAAAUAAAUAUGUGGCUAAGGAAUUAUUAAAAAUAACAUUUUAGUUGAAUGCGACAAUGUACAUAAUGAAUUUCAGAUGAGCCAUAUGCACAAGCAACAGCCUUGCAUCUUAUUAUUAUUAUUAUAGUUGUCUUAUAUAACGCAGUACCCCAACCUAGGUAAGGCUCACCGUGCUUCACAUAAAAUUAGCACCAAAAAAAAAAAAAAAAGCAACAUGACAUUAAAAAAACAGUUACGUAAAUUUAUUCUUAUGACGUUUAGCUAUCACUUAAUUAGUAUUAAGAAUUCUAAAGGCUCAGAUUUCAUACUCAAGUUCUAAAAAGUAAUUGCAAAGGAAUAACCCAACUUAGCUGGAGAAUGAGUUCACUUUUAUCAUCAUUUAAUAUUUGAUACUUACACUCAAAUUAUCAGUCCAAUUUAAUAAAAGCUUUCUGUUAUAAAAAAAUUGAACUUAUGUAAACCAAAUGUUUUCUAUUAGGAGAGCUGCUUUUUGUUCCAGCUGGAAGUCCACACUAUGUUGAGAACCUAACAGCUUCACUGGCUGUGUCAUCCAAUCACGUUAACCAUUCAAAUUUCAAACAGGUGCGUUGGUCUAUGUGUUAACAAAUGUAUUGGUCAGCAAUUAGAGAUAGUCACAGAAAACUAGUCGCAAUAAACUAUUUUAUGCUAGAGAUAGUCACAGAAAACUGUUGUAUAUCUAGAUAGUGACAGAAAAUUGUUAUAUGUCUAUUAAUAAUUAAUAGUGACAGAAAACGUUUUUAUGUCUAGAGAUAGUCACAGAAAACUAGUGUCACAUAUUUAAUAUAAAUUUUGUAAAAAAAAUAAAAAAUUGAGUCUUUUUUGUUUUUGUCUUUUGUUAAGGAAAUAUUCUCUAAAAUUGCUAUUUUUAUCAAUUUUAAAUAUUUUCUAAUGCAACCCAGGUAUGCAAGGAAUUAAAGGUAAACUGUUUGUUGGACCCUAGGUCAGCAGAUCUGUUAGAACAAUUCCAGAGUCCAGCUUUUUUUCAUGGUCCUCAGCUUAAGUGACUGUGAUAAAACACAACAAAAAGAAAGAGCACUUCAAAUGAUAGCAUUCCACACAGUCUAAGAGAACUUAAGGGGAUAGCAGGCUAUAGGGCACUGCAACUGGAGUUAUUACUUCCCUUGUCUCCCAGAGUUAUCGUUCUUUAUGAGACAUACGAAUUACAAAUUUGCUUCGAAUAUGGCAAAAAAAACAGUUUUAAAAGCAUUUGAGACAGCGCAAGUGGAAAAAAUAAAAUUUCUUUACUUUUAGCUGGACACUUUCCGUUACUUUGUACAAUUUAAAUACAAUAACUUCAUUAGUUAAAAAAUGAUGUAUUUAAAUGUAACAAUAUGUCGGCCACAGUAGCUUUUUGUCAAAUUUUAUUUUAAUUUAAAAUAUGAUGGUUAAUUAUUUUAAUACAAAAUAAUAAUUAAUAAAAAUGUGUUUAAAUUCAAUGGGACACUAUUUGUUACUUUGGAAAAAUUAAUCGCUACAGCUUUAUAAGUUUUAAAAUGAAAAAUUUUAAUUUACCAAUAUAUUAGCCGCAGAAGCUUUUUGUUCAAUUUUUUUUAAAUGAGGUUAUUUUAAUGAUAAUUAAUAAGAUGUCUUUAAUUUCAGUGGGACACUAUCUGUUACUGUGGAUAAUUGUAUUUCCAUAGCUUCAUUAAUUGAAUAGUUAUUCUAUUUUAUUUUCAUUUUAAAAAGUUUUGGUUUUGAAAAAUGUCAAUAACCACCACACCUUUUCCUUAUCUGAUCAUAUUAAUUGAAGAAAAAAUAAAAAUUAAUUCACAAUUAGUUUUAUUUUUUUUAAAUUGUUUUGUUAGGGUCUCAUGAUGGCUACACCUUUGAAAAUAAGAAAGU